GGUUGAUUUAAUUGACUCACCGCUUUCAUGUUCCAGAAAUGAAACACGCAGCGUCCUACUUGAGCACAAACGGGAUGAAGUUUACUAACGACAAAACAAUGGCACAGUAACCGAGGCUCUUCGACAUCUCUUCUUCAUUGACUAUUUGUUGCUCAUAUUCAAUCGCGAAAGCUCGAAACUGAUCGAAAUCGGCUAAAAUGGAUCUCAUCCAAGUGAACAAGGAAUCAGGCGGGAUCGCCAUCAUCACAAUCAACCGUCCGAAAUCUCUCAAUUCUCUCACGAGAGCGAUGAUGGUGGAUCUCGCGCGUGCAUUCAAGGAGAUGGACGCCGAUGAGUCUGUCCAGGUCGUGAUUUUCACCGGAGCGGGUAAAUCUUUCUGCUCCGGCGUUGAUUUGACUGCCGCGGAGUCUGUUUUCAAGGGUGACGUGAAGGAUCCGGAGACCGACCCGGUAAUUCAGAUGGAGCGGUUGAGAAAACCGAUCAUCGGAGCAAUUAACGGUUUCGCCAUCACCGCCGGGUUCGAGUUAGCCUUGGCCUGCGAUAUACUCGUCGCGUCCAGAGGCGCUAAGUUCAUGGAUACCCACGCCAGGUUUGGGAUAUUCCCUUCUUGGGGACUGUCUCAGAAGCUGUCAAGGAUCAUUGGAGCAAACAAAGCUCGUGAAGUUUCUUUAACAUCGAUGCCGUUGACAGCUGACGUGGCUGAGAAGUUAGGGUUUGUAAACCAUGUGGUUGAAGAAGGAGAAGCCUUGAAGAAAGCUAAAGAAAUCGCAGAGGCGAUCAUCAAGAAUGAACAGGGCAUGGUUCUGCGGAUUAAAUCCGUCAUCAAUGAUGGACUCAAGCUUGAUCUUGGUCAUGCUCUUACUCUCGAAAAGGAGCGAGCUCACGCCUACUACAGUGGGAUGACAAAGGAACAGUUUAAGAAGAUGCAGGAGUUCAUAGCUGCACGUGGAUCCAAGAAACCUUCUUCCAAGUUAUAGAUAACAUAUGUUUUUAUCUUACAUAAUACUUUGUACUCUCUCUUGAAUAAUAUCUUUGUUUGUUUCUCAAGUGUAACGCUCAGCAAUUAAAGUAGGGUGAGAUUCCCGUCUCAGUUGAAGAAGACAUGUGCUUAACUGGAAAGAAGGAAUCUGUACUCAUUUAAUAAAUCUGGUAGAAAUAAUCUUCACAUUACUGUAUAUAAAAUAGCGUUGUGUUAGCUAAAACACUAUCUCCUUUCCAGGAAUCUGUACUCAUUUAAUAA